GGGGGACCAGAACAGAGCAGAAGCCAGAUGCCAAAACAGAAACAACAGAAGUUUGAGCAGCUGACUGGAUUAGACAGGAGGGGAGAGCUGACCUGCCACUUCACAAGCGCCUGCGGGACCUACCCAAAUCAAACCACCUCUCUACAAGGGGAUUAAACGAAACCAAAAACCAAAGGGCAAGAGGGCAAGAGAAGACUUCUGAAGAUAACAAGCAAGAAAAGUGUUGCCAAGCAGCACGAACAAACUUGUCUGAAGUGCGGCCUGCAUCAAGAUCAGAAUCAUCACAAAUGGGGGCGAUUUCAAACAAAACACAUGAACUUUUGGUCUUGUUUUAAAAAAAUGCUUUGGUUUUGUAAUCACCUCAUAGGACACUUUAAGGAACGAGCCACAGAUGAAGUCACCCUCUGUGCUUCCUGUGUUUCUGUUUAAAAUAAACCACUCAAGCCUGAGCACAUACACAAGCCUCACAGGUAGAUAGUGCUGUGUUUCAAAGAUCUAAACUUUGAUCAUUAUCAAAUAGAAAACAGUUCAGAUUCAAUUUGAGGGUAAAGCUGGGAACCGGAUUACGGGAAAAAAGGACUUUCUCAAAUCUCAAAUCAACACCAUAUCUUAAUUGUUUUGGUGUCUAUAGCAGCCUGUUAUGCACAUUUACUGACUUGAAAUCUUCACAGCCCUCUAAAGGAUUUAUUAAAACUUUACAACUGCCAAACAGACUCAAUUAUAAGGAGCCACAGCUCCGUAUCCAGAAGCCAUGGAUGGGAAAACAGAAAGCAUACAGGAUUUUUUCUACCAACUUUGGAGCUUUGCUACUGAAAAACACAACCAGGGGGCCUACAACACAGUCUGCCUGGUGGUCCUCCUGACGCUUCCCCUGCUGGUCCUCCUCACUACGUUGGUGGCGUGCUGCCACUGCUGCUGCUGUCGCCAUGCCAACAGCUGCUGUUGCUGCUGCUGCUGCGGAGACACCAUGGCAACCGCAAGGUCAGAAACAAAGAAGAAAAAGGUUUCGGCCAAUACAGAAGACUUGUGGAUCUCCGUCAAGACUGACAGGGUCGCCCUUGCAAUGGAGUAGGCCGGGUGGAGCUGAUGGAGCGUAAAACUCAAACUAGCGUAGACUCAAAGGAGGCUGAAGACAUUGUUCAAAGGACUUCACAUUGUAAUGGGCACAAAUGUGGUUGAACUGUGUAAACGGUGUACAGAUUCUUGUCAUUUUGUAUUUGUAUAAUGUUGUAUGUGGAUGAUGUUUACAGCAUUUUGUAUGAGCUAUUUAGUGCGUGGUACGUAAAGGAAGAAAAAUGCUUGACAGAGGUAUAUACAUAGGUAUUGUGUGUGUGUGUGUGUGUGUGUGUGAGUGGAUUAGACAGAUGGUGUGUGUGGUGUGAGGACUUUAACCUGAAUGCACACCAACCAAUGUGAACUCGAGUCACUGUGGGGACAAAAAUUGGGUAGAGACUUAGUUUUAGGGUUCAGGUUACAAUCAGGUUAAGGCUAGGGUAAGGGUUUAGGGAAUGCAUUAUGUCAAUGAACACAUGUCCCCACAGAGAUAGAGGAACAAACAUGUGUGUGUAAGUGGGUUAGAGAGAAGGUGUAUGUGUGUGUGUGUGUGUGUGUGUGUGUGUGUGUGUGUGUUAAUGUGUGUGAGUGGGUUAGAGAGAAGUACAGUGUUAUUGAGAGCACUUUGUUCUUAGAGCUCCCAUGUGAAAUUCAUUGUGUCCGCAUUUGGGAGAGAGAGCCAAUUUAAGUUCUGCCCAGUGUUCAGACGGCUGUAAUACUGCCCACUUUUCCAAUUCAGGCUGCAAUAUAGGCUGAUGAUUGAAAGCCACUGACUCUCAAAAAGUUUAACUCACAGGAUGCAGAAAGAAAACUGUAACUCUUUCAUUUAGAUUAUAUUAAAUCUAAUAGAGUGUAGGCCACAGAGAAAGAGACACUUCUCCUAGUUGCUGUUCUCAGCUCAAAUGAGCCUUAAAGCCACAAUUCAUAAUCCAGGUGUAUUGAAAACCAGCAAAAAGUUAAAAAUUACACCUGUUGGUUAACAAACCUUUUAAUGCACUGAUUAACACUAGACAAAAACCAUACUGAAGUCAGCAAUGUUUUCCUGGAUUUCAGUGAAACAUAAAAGUAAAAAUUCUUCACAGAAAAGACUCCAAACUGCUUUGAAAUUUAAGAGCGCUCCAGAGGUCUUGGUUGAGAGCAGAUCCUAGAUGGCUGCAGUACAGAAACAGAGGUGAGCACACAACGUCUGAGGCAUGUUUUUGAGUGAUUAUACACAAUAUGAUGAGCCCACUAGCAGAAGCAAUUCAAGGUAGGAUCGUUCUAGGCUGUUAUUUGCUUUUGAUUUGAACAUUUUAUAGGAUGUUGCACCACUUUCUUCCUUCACCCCUUUCUUGCAUUUAUCAGGGGUGCAAACAACACAAAUUAAAGCUGCAAGCAGUAGAA